GGCAGCUGCGUCCUCAAUGGGCGCAGUUGUACGCGACGAGGUUUUAUUUCAUCUAAAUCUAGUGAUAAAAUAAAACAAAAUCUUGUGUACCGAGAGAGUUGUACUUUAGUACUCUGUUUGAUUACGAAAACGAAUCGAAUUGCACUACGACGAGGACGAGAACAAGUUGGUCGUUGUUUUUCACACCUUGUUCGGAAAAAGUCCUCUGAAACAGAAGCGUUGCGCACGCGCUUCUUUGAGCUCGAAGUUCAUUUGACGAUAACGAGGAUAUCAGCACGAAAUACUAUACAAAUGAGAUUUUGAUGAUUUACUUUUGAUGCGCAAUUGGGUGAUUGAGGAGAAGGAAAAAAUCCCAUCAUCUCCAGGCUACAUUAUAACGCGUUCAACUGUUGAAUCAAAAAAAGUUUUCAAAUUUUUUUUCAAGUGUAGAAGUGUGUUGCCGCGCAACCUCGACCGGCCUUGGAAUGUUUUGCCUGAAAAGAGUCGUGCUCUUUUUCUGUCGCCCCUGCCGUCUCGGUUUCUAGUUGCCGCUUGCGUGCUCAUUGCGAGUACGCGCCGGCCAUCGCAGCGCAAGGGCCAAAAAAAUCGCCUGUCGGGAAGUGGCUUCGGGGGGCAACAGCGCAAGAGCUCCGCAAAAGCCCUCCAGCAAGGCAUGCCACGACCCCAGCUGGAUGCUGUCUGACACGAGGCGAGUGGCGCCGCCGCAGCCGUGUGGCCUUAGAAGCCCAGACCCCGCUCGAAGGCAUGGCUCUGCUCCCUUCCUAUUAGACCCGGAUCAUUUGAGCUCCUGCCCUGGCACGGGGGCAGAGCCUGGAUCGCAGCGGGAUGGGAAGACAAGCCGUCAGAGGCAUUGCCAAAUUACCAGACGCGAAGCCGACCAUAAGACUGCCGUCACCCGCGCCGCGGAUAGAGGAGUGCGUCGAAACAUGGCGCAAAAGCCUUGCUGCCCCACUGGCGGCGGAGGAGCCAGGAUGGGGAUCCACAAGGCCAGCCCCGGCAUGCCUGUUGCCCUGAGGCAAUUCGACCUGCAUUGCUUUGGAUUUGUGCUGCUUCGGGACCUCCCCGGGGGACCUCCCCGAGGGACCUCCUAAAUCCGACCAAAAGUGGAAUGGUUCGGAAAAUCUUCGCCCGAUGGUAUGAGACCUCCUCGUAGAGGUCCCUUGAGGACCUCCCUUGGGGACCUCCGGGAACGCCUCGAAAGGCCAGACUUCGGCUCUCACCUUUCCGCAGGACAAGGUCAGCGCCCCCCACUCCUGGAGCAAAGCGAACGGCCAACCCCGGAGCCCCGACCUGAAGGCGGGCGCACGGGUUUCUGCCAACACUGUGGCGGACUUGUAGGGCCCAAGCUGCGCAUGGUGGAAACGCCACGCAGCCUGCCGCCCGAAAAUAACAGUCGCGAAAUCUGAGCGAAGGGCACACAAGCUUCGCCCAAAAACGCCAUCCCGCUGGCCAGCGCCUGUUCCUUCAUUGCAACAAUGGCCGCGCGCCAUGAGGUUCACUAAGAAAACCAACAUGUCUUCCGCGACAGGCGAGCUUCAGAGGCCGUGGCAAAUUGGUGGACAAGACAAGACGGGCGUCUAGCUAGUCUCCGAUAUGAUAGCUUUCCGCGCCCGCUUCACCGUCAUGCUUCCGGAGCCGCGCAAAUUGCCCCAAAGGCUACGCGACUCCGUGCGGCGGCCUUUUUACCCGGGCCCGUGCAGCACAACUGUGCGACCGGUCGAGGGCUCGACUCGGCGCCCGACUCUAGCAUAAGUCAGUUUGAAUGCUCAAGAUCUGCGCGCUGUGUGCGGAUUCUUUGCUCGCCGAUUCUGGUGGGCUUCUGCGCGCGCGCUUUCCGAUACUUAAAGAAAAAUUUGAAAAUAUUUUUUGAUUUAACAGUUGAUCGCGUUAUAUACAUUAGUGCGUACUUAUUGAUACAAAAAGAAAAUCAAAAUGCAACGUACAAAAAUAAUUUCGCUGUGAGUGAAGUUCUUUGCACUGGCUGGAAGGUGGAUAUUAACGCUGCCACUCUUGAAAAAUAGAAAAUCCGUACGACUCUAAAAAAUUCUUGUAUCAUCAUGAGGUGAGAAGUAAUUUUCUUGUGGCCGUCGUGCUAAAAGCAAAGGAGGAAGCAUCUUCAACAAAGUCCACUACAUCCUCGACAAAAAAAACAACGAAAAUGAAAUUCGCACUUUUUCACGUCAGUUGACGGCAGGUACAACAACAUGGAGGAGAACAAGUCAGAAAAUGAGAUAAGACUGAAGACUUACGUGAUAUAGUUGCUCGCGACCUGCGGCCAUAAUUUUUACGUGGUAG